AGAUUACGGCGUGAAGGAAUCCCGCGGCACGGGUAAACGCACACCAAUAGGCCACCACCACCAGCACCACCACCACCACCACCACCACCACCACCACCACCACCACCACCACCGCAGCUCUGGAUCCAGAACGAACUCAUCUUCGCGAACCCCUUGGUGCUGCAUCACAGCAGUAUCCUUCCAACUCACGACACGAGACGACCUUUCAGCAUCGGUAACGAAACGAACACUCGACGCAUACGAUCAGUGCGACAGCUGAACCAACACACUCCCGAACGCCGCGAUGCCUCGGGACGACGCUAGAGAUGGGGAGGAUAUUCCGCUCGUGAACGUGGAGCGCAUGGCGCAGACGACGAUAGCGGUGGAGGGAAUGACCUGCGGGGCAUGUACAUCUGCAAUAGAAGGCGGAUUCAAGGGCGUGGAAGGCGUGGAAUCGUUUACAGUCAGUCUCAUGACCGAACGCGCGGUGUUGAUUCACGAUCUGUCGAAGCUGUCGGCCGAACAAGCGGCUGAGAUAAUCGAAGACCGCGGUUUCGGCGCGGAAAUCAUUUCGAGCGAUGACCAGACUCCGGAGAAGGCGAGCGUAAAUGCGCAAGGAGCCCGGCUGGCAACAACGGUUGUGUCGGUAGGAGGGAUGACAUGCGGGGCAUGUACAUCGGCGGUGGAGGGUGGUUUUAAGGAUGUGGAGGGAAUCGUCAGCUUUACCGUGAGCUUAAUUACCGAGCGAGCUGUUGCAGUCCACGACCCGACACUUGUGACUGCCGAAAAGGUUGUCGAAAUCAUCGAAGAUUGCGGCUUCGAUGCCUCACUAGUUUCUACAGACCUGGAGGACGACGGGGGAGCGAAGAAGGAGGAUGUGGUUAUCUUCAAAGUUUAUGGACUCAGUACUGCGCAAGACUGCACAUCCCUAGAAGACGCAUUGCUAGGAGCCCAAGGUGUUCAUGGCGUCGCUAUCACUCUGGCCAAUUCUCGCGCGAAGAUCAACUAUUCGCCAGCCCGGAUCGGUGUGCGAGACCUCGUCGCGAUUGUCGAGUCGUUAAAUUUCAACGCCUUGCUUGCGGAUGUCGAGGACAAUAAUGCUCAGCUAGAAUCGCUAGCGAAAACAAAGGAGAUCCAGUCGUGGCGGUUAGCUUUCAGAUUCUCCCUGACGUUCGCUAUUCCGGUUUUCCUCAUGUCCAUGAUCAUUCCGAUGUGGUUUAAGGGACUAAAUGCGGCAUUCGCUGCAAAAGAACUACCAUUACGUGGUCUCUUUGUCGGCGAUGUUAUAUGUCUGCUCUUGACGAUUCCCGUCCAGUUUGGGGUUGGAAAGAGGUUUUACAAGAGUGCAUGGAAGAGUGUGAGACACGGCAGCGCAACUAUGGAUGUAUUGGUGGUUCUGGGCACUUCAGCGGCGUUUUUCUUCUCGGUAUUGGCCAUGGCUAUGUCUAUUUUCUGCGAACCUCACAACCGGCCCAGCACGGUCUUCGACACUUCGACAAUGUUGAUCACCUUCAUCAGUUUCGGACGGUACCUCGAGAACCGGGCAAAGGGACAGACAUCGAAGGCUCUAUCUCGUCUUAUGUCACUCGCACCAUCUAUGGCCACCAUUUACGCUGACCCCAGCAAGAUCGGCCUCUUCGAUGACGAGAACCAUGUGGCUGAAGAGCAGGUCAUUCCUACCGAGCUGAUUCAGGUCAACGACGUGGUUAUAGUACGCCCAGGAGACAAGAUUCCAGCCGAUGGUAUGGUGAUUGUUGGCGAAUCCUUCGUCGAUGAGUCCAUGGUUACUGGCGAGGCGAUGCCGAUUUCGAAGAUGAAAGGGGACAUGCUGAUCGGAGGUACCGUCAACGGCUCGGGCCGUGUUGACUUUCGGGUUACUCGUGCCGGCAAAGACACCCAGCUGAGUCAAAUCGUCAAGCUCGUACAACAGGCGCAAACUUCCCGCGCUCCGAUACAAAGGAUGGCGGAUAUUGUCGCUGGUUAUUUUGUCCCGGGUGUCUUGACUUUGGGAAUCGCAACUUUCAUCGGAUGGAUGAUUCUCUCACACGUGCUAUCGCACCCUCCAGCACUUUUUGCCAGCGCAGCUGCCGGCGGCCGUUUCAUGGUCUGCCUCAAGCUGUGUAUCUCCGUCAUUGUCUUCGCCUGCCCUUGCGCGCUGGGUCUUUCUACUCCGACGGCCGUAAUGGUCGGCACUGGCGUUGGAGCAGAGAACGGGAUCUUGGUCAAGAGUGGUGCGGCUUUGGAGACUGCAACGAGGAUCACCCACGUCGUUCUCGACAAGACCGGUACUCUAACUCAAGGCAAGAUGAGUGUUGCAGUCAACAAGCGAUCUGCCGUCUGGGAGCAGUCAGAAUGGAGACAAAAACUAUGGUGGUUACUCGUCGGUGCUACCGAGUCUGGAAGUGAACAUCCCGUUGGCAAAUCCAUAUCUGUGGCGGCAAAGGAAGCACUUGGGAUUGGACGUGAUGGAGGAUUCGAAGCAACGGUCACCAAUUUCAAGGCUGUCAUUGGUAGGGGAGUGGAGGCAAAUGUUCAGCCACAUGCCACAGACAGCAAGGCGUACAAGGUUCUCGUCGGCAACGUAAAGUUCCUUGGAGAGUCCUCGGUAUUGGUUCCACUGGAAGUACAGAAGGGCCACAGCAACGGAACACACGUAUUUAUCGCCAUUGAAGAUGAAUAUGCUGGAUUUAUUGCGCUCAGUGACGAGCUGAAGGCGGAUGCUGGACAUGCAGUUGAGGCCUUCAGGAGGCUGGGCAUCAAAGUCUCGAUGGUAACUGGAGACCAAGAAGCAACGGCCUUACAAGUCGCCAAAGAGGUCGGAAUCGACGCCGACAUGGUCUUUGCUGGCGUCUCUCCUGACGAAAAACAAGAAAUCGUGCGGCGCAUGAAAGCCGCCGGCGAGUGUGUCGCCAUGGUCGGCGACGGGAUCAACGAUUCCCCCGCGCUCGCCACCGCAGACGUUGGCAUCGCCAUGGCCUCCGGCACCGACGUCGCCAUGGAAGCCGCGGAUAUAGUCAUCAUGCGCCCGCAAUCACUCCUCGACGUCCCCGCAUCCCUCCACCUAGCGCGCACCAUCUUCAGAAGAAUCAAGCUCAACCUCUGGUGGGCGUGCAUGUACAACGUCAUCGGCAUACCAUUCGCGAUGGGAUUCUUCCUGCCGUUCGGACUCCACCUCCACCCCAUGGCCGCCGGCGCUGCAAUGGCCGCAAGUAGCGUUUCCGUCGUUUGCUCCAGUCUCCUCCUGAAAUUCUGGCGCCGCCCGCGCUGGAUGACCGAGGCGGGCAUGCAGGCGGUGCACGACAACGAUGGGAAGGUUAUCUACCGCGAUGCUACGUCGUGGUGGGCGUUCUGGCGGCGCGGAGGACGGCUGGCUAGGGGUGGAAACGGAUACCAGCCGCUGAGGGACGUGGAAAGCGGGCAGUAGAUGUUUUUUGUUGGAGUUAGGUUCUUUGAUUUUGGCAUGUUGUGGAAUUUUACUCUCUUCUUGAUUGUCGUAUAGUACAUAUACCUUUUUUGUGCCUGGCUCCUCCUCAUUUGAUUGACGGCUGUCUUUUUUGCUUUGGCUGUUUUUGUUUCGUUUGUGUUUGGCUUGCGUCUUGCUGCACUGACUCUGGAAAAUUUAUCUGGAUGAUGAUACUACAUCUCCUUUGGUGUUACCCUUUCGCUGUAUAUUUACUUUAUUUCCUUCCCCUUAUUUCUUCCGAUUCUUUUUUAUACCGUGUCUAGGUGGUCUCU